UAGAAGAGUAUUCUUGGAAGAUGCCUGGUUGCUACCACAAACUAUACUCUCUCUAUGUAUAUAUCUCCGUCUCUCUACCUCUCUCGCUAUCCUCUCUAGACUCUAGUGUUGCAGGAUCGGAGCUGCUCUUCAUGAGCUACUCGGCAAUUAGAGGGUGGUAGGUUCCUCGUUCCUCAACCCGGAUCUACUCCACUCGUUCAGGGAGCUGCAGGAUCAACCUGUCCUUGAGUGAAGGAUAAGAUCAUGUGAAUCACAAAGGUUGGACCGUUGGACACUGAGGAGGACACCUUCCAUCGCGCCGGGCCGACGCAUAUGAUGUCCAAAGCUGGCGCCGGAUCGAAGAUAAAGAUUGACUGGUCCAAGGAGGGGCACCGCCGGUGCGUUAUGUCCUGCCUUGUCAAAGCCACUUACGUGAUGGAGAACGACAUACUCGGCCGAAGGUUAUACAAUAAUGAUGGGCUGGCGCCAGCGUGGUGGGAGAGCUUCGGUUUCCGUUUGGUGGAAACGUUUGUUGACGACUCGAAUCCGAACGACAAGAUGAUCUUCGGCGCCACCUUCGAGCUCAUGGCACUGAGCCGGCACCGGUCCGCCCCACGCUACGUGGUUGCCUUCCGAGGCACCAUGCUAGGUCACUACAAGAGGGCUCAAGAGCUGAUGCAGGACUGCAAAGUCAUAUUCAACGAACUGCGCGGCAGCAAGCGGUUCGAGAUCGCGCACCCCAAGGUCCACCAGCUGAUCGGCAGGGACGCCAGCGGCGUCUGGCUCACGGGGCAUUCCCUCGGCGCGUCGCUGGCGCUGGACAUAGGGCGGGACCUGAUGGAGAUCGAGGGGCACAACAUCCGGACCUUCCUCUUCAACCCGCCGCACGUGUCGGCGGCGGCGCCGAUCGACAAGGUCCUCAAGGGGGACGCCAAGACCGGGCUCUACACCACGAGCUUCAUGCUCAAGUUCGCGCUCGGCCAGGUGAUGGGCUCGUACCGCAAGCGCACCAAGCGGCUUUUCGAGCGGCUCAACCCGUGGGUGCCGGACAUGUACGUGAACCGUAAGGACAUCAUCAGCAUGGGGCAUAUUGAGUACUUCGAGCAGCGGCAGCAGGUGGCCAAGGGCUUCUCCCGCGUCGCCAAAACCGGGUCGAGACUGUCGUACCGUGAUAUGUUCCACUCCAUGUUCGGCGCCAAGACGCUCAAGCCCCACCUGCUGCCGUCGGCGAGGCUCAACUCCAGCACCGACAGUGACGCGCACAGCCUUCGGCAGUGGUGGAAGCCGGAUAGUCGACUGUCGUUGAGCACCAAGACCUACAGCUACCCACACGGCUAAUGCUUGCUUGGUGCCGCUGGUCGGAUCUCGGCUGUAAUAAAAACCAGGAGUACUCAACUACAGGGUACAUGCAUGCGGCAUCAGGUUUUUCGUCCCAUAGUCCCAAAUCAGGACAGUAGGUUUUCCUGAAGCACAUGUGUAUCCAGUCAUUGUUACUUUUUCUUUUUUUGAACCGGUGUGUGCAAUUGUUUACAGGGCGUGCGCGUACUCCUAGGUCGUCAAUUUAACCAACCUAAUACAAGUCAUAUAUUACAAAAAAUAUACCAACAUAAACUUUGGAGUUUCUACUUUCAAAAGGUAUAAUUUUUGUGUUAUAUAAUUUAUAUUAGGGUGAUAAAAUUGGUAACCUAGGUAUACGCGCAUGACUUGUAAACUGAAACGGAGGUAGUACUAAACAUAUUGUUCAACUGAACUCAUAAUAUCUGUGCUCUUGUUGGAUACCAGCAUUGAGGAACCACUGUGUCCAGAAAGUGGCAAUUUGGAAAAUA